AUGAAGCAAAAUAUUAAUUGGCACGAAUACUCCCAGUUUCCGCACUUGUCACAGAUAGAAUGUCUUGGUGAAGAUAUUCAAACAGCUCAACAUUUAAGUAUCCUGCAUGAUGACUUCAAAAAUAGAUUAGAAGAUAUUGUGACGAUGGAAAUAUCACCAUGGAUCAUAACCCCAUUUAAUGAACUGGAAGAGGAGAAUGUGGUAUUACAAGAGGAGCUACUUCAGCUCAGCACCAACGCGGAACUGAAGCCAAAUAUUGAUAAUUUGCUGUCAAUUCAUCAAGUACAUCCGUCUCAUUAA